GUCCCCGUACAUUUUCUCAACGAUUUUCUGGACAGAAUGGUACAAUGCUGAGGGUUUCAGCACCAGGAGUCUGUCCUCCUCCUUCAAGAGCCGAAUGAGAGAGUUUUAUCCCUCGGAAAACAUGAGAUAAUAAAAGCUCCAGCAUUUAUUGAAGAGACAGCUAGUUGAAUCCUGACGAUCAAUUGGAGAAUACGAUGAAUUAUUACGUGGGUGUGGACGUGGGUACUGGUAGCACAAGAGCUGCUCUCUUCGAUGGGGAAGGAAAAUUGAUAAAAAUCUCGACAAAUCCCAUUGAAACGUUUAACUCAGUCCCUGAUUUUUACGAGCAAUCCUCUGAGGACAUCUGGGAUGCUGUGAAAAAGGUCGUGAAAAAUGUUGUCAGCGAAAUUCCUAAGGAAUCUGUGAAUGGGAUAGGAUUCGAUGCUACGUGUUCUCUGGUACUUUUGGAUGAAGCUGGAGAUCCUGUGACAGCAAGUCUGAAUGGAGAUGACAAACGAAAUGUCAUCCUCUGGUUGGACCACAGGGCAGAGGCAGAGGCCAAUUUCAUCAAUAUGAUGGGUAAUCAGGCCUUGAGGUACGUCGGGGGGAGUAUUUCUCUCGAAAUGGAAAUUCCGAAAAUUCUGUGGCUCAAGAAAAAUCUCCCAGACACUUGGGCUCGAGUGAAACUCAUGUUCGAUCUUCCGGAUUUUCUCACGUGGAAGGCCACCGGCUCGGAGUCUAGAUCUCUGUGCUCCCUCGUCUGUAAAUGGAAUUACUCAGCGAGUCCAGAUGGUAAAAAUGGCUGGAAUGAGGAGUUCUUCAAUGAAAUUGGUCUCUCAGUCUUGAAAGAAAAUAACUGGAGGAGAAUUGGUAACGAGGUGAAAGCACCUGGGGAACCAGUGGGCAGGGGAUUAUCCUCGAGGGCUGCAGCAGAGCUGGGAUUAGCAGAAGGAACUCCUGUCGGUACUUCAAUAAUUGAUGCACAUGCUGGGGGUCUGGGGAUGAUUGGAUGCUCUGCUCCCAAUAUCUCUGAUAAUUUCACCAGCAGAUUGGGACUCAUUUGUGGUACAUCCACGUGUCACAUGGCAGUGAGUGAAAAACCAAUUUACGUCGAUGGUAUCUGGGGGCCUUAUUACAGUGCAAUGGUCCCAUCAUUGUGGUUGAAUGAGGGAGGACAAAGUGCCACUGGAAAAUUACUUGAUCAUGUAAUUGACACUCAUCCAGCGACCAGUUCAAUUCGCAAGAAAAUCUAUGGAAAAAUGCACAUCCAACAGUAUUUAUCGAAUUUAUUGCAAUCGAUGUCUCAGCAAAGAAGUUUUCCAGAUAUUUCGUAUCUCACGAAGGAUUUACACGUCUGGCCGGAUUUUCAUGGGAAUAGGUCACCCCUGGCUGACCCGACCCUCCAGGGGAUGAUAUCAGGGUUGUCUCUAGCCUCGGACGAGGAAAACCUCGCGCUGAUCUAUCUCGCCACUAUCCAGGCCCUUACUUACGGGACAAAACACAUCCUGGAGUCCCUAACGGAGUCACGAUACAAAAUCGAGACGAUCCUGAUAUGCGGUGGACUCAGCCAGAAUCCGUUGUUCGUGCAAAUUCACGCGGAUGUCCUGAAUCUCCCAGUUUUAAUCCCCUCCGAGAGGGAGUCUGUGCUCCUGGGGUCUGCCAUCCUGGGAUCCUGUGCUGCUGGCACUUAUCCAUCAGUCAGCAAAGCCAUCAGGGCAAUGGCAGGAAGUGGAAGUCUCGUGAGACCGAGAUCUGUGUCGUAUCAGUAUCACGUGAGAAAGUUCAAAGUCUUCAAAAAACUCGUGAACGACCAGAAAGAUUACAAGAAAAUGAUGAAUGAAACUCUUUGAUCGUUAAAAUCCGUCCAAAGGCAUAAAGUAACAAUUCAAUUACGGUUUUAUCACAAGAUUUAUUUUUACUACAUUUCCUUACAUUUCCAAAGUAAUUAAAGAUACUAUAAUUGUUCAUAUAUAUUUUGUAACAAAGGGGAGUAAAUAGUUGUGCGAUUUAACGUCA